AUGGCAAACUCGGGAGUCAACUUGGCCGUUACGAAAGACGGCGAGACUUAUAACAAGUUGCAGCGACCUUCCGAUUACCUCACAUCAACGCAGUCGACUCCACCACCGCUAGCUGCAGUCUCAUCCUCAGCAGUGACCAACAGCAAAAGAAAGCGCGACCAAAACGAUGAAUCGGGAAACAAACGUCUGAGGAACGAUGGCAGUGUUCAAAACUAUAAAGGGAGGUCGCGCGCUUCUCAGGCAUACCAAGAGCACGGUAUCCAGACGGUGCUACCAGGACUUGAUGGAGAGGAGCAACUGUCAGACGAGUCUACUGGCGAAGCAUUGGCAUACCUUCAAAGUGUCAGAUCCGAAGCAUCCACCAUCCCUACCCUCCUUGUGGCCUCGAACAAACCCAAUGAAGCCGAUAGCGAUUCGUACGACGAUGAGCAUGCAGCCCGCAGAGACACGGCUGAUGCAGAAAUUAGUCUUGGGACGGAGACUCACACGACCUCGCCCCACAGGAGAGCUGCCACGUGA